GUUAGAGUAGUACUAGUUAGUACGGUGGUGAUAUUCGACUCGAACGGACGUCAGUUCGGUGAUAGAGCGGCACCAGUGAAGUGAUACAUCGAACCAAUCGCCGCAACGGAAGGAAAACCGAAGCCACUCGCAGCAGUGCUGUAUAUCAUCACUGACAUUUAAUUGAUCUAUUUUUAAUAUCAUUCGUUCCCCACGCGUGUGUUUUCCGUGCCGUCGUUCCGUGGCGGUCGAUGACUACUAGAUUUCCACCACCACCCCCAACACGCAUUUUAACGGGAUUUAGUUUGGGAUAGCUUAAAGUGGCGACGCUGCAACCGAAUUGGGACAUCAAUCUCAGAGUGCCAUGGUAUUUUCCAGUUACAGUAACGCGUCCUACUUGCCACUAGACAGCGAUCAAGGUGUAACGUUUUACAAAAACGAGAACUUGCUUUUCGCACCAGCCCCAGCAGCAGCUUCCCCCACCGCAUUGGUUUGCCGACGUAACAACCCAGUUGCAGCAGCAAUGCUGUCCACCUCAACCGGAAGUAGUCCCUUCAGUGGACAGCCGUUGCUUCAUGGCAACCGGCAGCAUCAUGGAAGCUCUAACGGUUAUUACGGAUACGUGCCGCCGGCCAAUCCGAUGCCAAAGCUGAUGUCAACAGAGCAAGCGGCGGGAACAACGCCACCCGCCGCCGUUGAUGCCCAUCGUGUCAUCAACGGCAGUAAUGGUGUUGGUGGUGUCUUAUUGGAUUCGUCGACCCGUCCGGUGGCGGUCGACGAUUCUUAUUCGAUGGACUGUGGCGGGAUGGCCCAAGUGGAAAACUACCAGCAACAGCAGCACCAACAACACUUACGAAAACGAAAAGAGUGCAGCGAGGAAGUGGAAGCAAAUUGCAAACGGCGAAAGACUUGGCUGGAGCAACCAAACGAUGCAGGUUUUGUUCACUCUCCAAAUUGGAACCAAUCAUCAACUCAGCAAAUGGACUGCCAGGAUCAGCCCAUGGACAUAUUCUCGCCGCAGCCGCAGUUCCAUCAAUCGCCCAUCACCAUGAACGCUCCCACCACCAUUGCCUUCAACGGUUUUCAGCAUCAUCCCGAACUACAGCAGCAGCAGCAAACGAUGAUCUCAACUCCACCGAUGCCAGCAGCGCCUCAACAGCACACAAUCCUUCAGCCGAAAAGUUUUGUUCACUCUCCAAAUUGGAACCAAUCAUCAACUCAGCAAAUGGACUGCCAGGAUCAGCCCAUGGACAUAUUCUCGCCGCAGCCGCAGUUCCAUCAAUCGCCCAUCACCAUGAACGCUCCCACCACCAUUGCCUUCAACGGUUUUCAGCAUCAUCCCGAACUACAGCAGCAGCAGCAAACGAUGAUCUCAACUCCACCGAUGCCAGCAGCGCCUCAACAGCACACAAUCCUUCAGCCGAAAAAUCGUUUGUUCCGUGCUAGCUCGCCUAUCCCUAAAAUGUCCCUAGGGUCCUCCGAACUAGCGGUAGCGGAUAAACAGAGCAUUCAUCAGCUACGCCACAACCACCGACCCAUCCUCGGUGACGACUGCCAACAGUUGGAAGAUUUGUUCAUCAGCUUACAUGGGUCCGGGUUCUAUUUGGCGUGUUGAGUUGAGCCAUCAUCCCGUACACGGUGUGGGGACAUUUCUUUGCGACCAACUGAAACUAACCAAUUCAUGGUACCUUCUUAACACAUUAUUUUUUCCUGAUUAGUGUGUACAUACAACUUGCUUUUAGGAUUAAGUUCGACUAACAACCAUUCUCGUUCAUUUGACGCUCCUAUAGUUCAAAUUUUUGUACCUUCGCCUCCUUUUUAAACACUCGAUUUGAGAAAACAACCGACCAACGAAAAUGGACGCGACAUUAUUUUUAUUUAGUGUAAGUAAUCCUAGCUUUAGUUUUAUCUCUUAUUGGACCUGUGUGCAAAUAGUGAGCAAGGAAUUGAUAUAAUCGUAGGUAAACUUUUGUUAUCUAGCAAGGAAACGAUAGAAACUAAUGAAUUGUAGUAAAAAAAAAACAUCGUGUUACUAACACAAUCAUAUCUUCUGAAAGAAAGAGUGCUGGAAAAAUAGACUUAAGAAUUGAUCAAGGUGCGCGAUAAACUAUCUAAAGUAAUUUACAAUCUGUGAAUCUAAAGUAAUUUACAAUUGUGAAACUUGAUGUGUUUUUUGAAUAGUUUGAAUAAAGAUAAUAUUUUCUCUUGGAUGAAA